AUGGAGGAGGAAGAAACAUCAAAAAUCAAUGCAAACUUAUCUAAUGAGGUCAUAAAUGUUAAUAUGGGUGAUGGGAGUUUUACAAUAAGCAUUAAUACUACAGCCAUUCCACCACCUUCAUCACCACUAGUUACUUCUAUGCUCAUUCCCACUUCUAUUCCUGGGAUUUCUCCAACUUUUCAAGAAGUGAUGCAAGAGCAUAUUACAUCUUUUUUUCAUCGCAAUCAACAGAACCUGAGGUCACCGUUCAUGAUAACGAAUAUGAAGAUGAUUUCAUGGUUGGCAACUUAUUCUCAUAGUUUUGAUUCUAAACUUAUGAAAUUACAAGAUGCUACUUGUGAGCGUCAUGUGAUAUUUGAGAAUAUGGUGAUUGGUUCCAAGGAUUCUAUUGAAUUGAAGGUUAAUGUGUUGAUGGGAACUAUGACUUGUUUGGUAGAGGACCUUACUACUUUCAAUAAAGAUUACUCUAGAGAUUUGAAAUUAAAGAAUGAAGGAGAUGGGAAAAUGUUUGAUAAAAUUGAGAAGAAUCUUACUGAAUUUAAGAGACUCUCUCAAAAUUUAAUCUUCCUUCAUAAUCUUUGCUUUCUCAACAAUCUGUCUCUGCAAUGGUUUCCUCUGUUGAAUCAAGUUUUAAGUAUGAAUUGGCACAUAUACUUGAUUUGGUACUUCGCCUACCAACCAAUGCUCCACGUUCUACAAUUGUGUCGCAAUGGGGAGAAAGGGGGUUCGGUUCGUCAAAAGGAACCGGUGAAGAUAAAAGCGUAA